UCGCCUGCUGAAGUCACAACACUGCCCGGCUACCUGGACGCGCCCGGCGGGCAGCUGCGGGCCCCGCGCCGGCUGGCGGCGCUGAGGGGUCGCCGAGAGGAGCUCGGCGGCGUCUGUCGGAGCCGUUCCCUCCGUGGGCCGCCGGCGAGGGCAUGAUCGCGGACUCCCUCUGCCUCCCGAGCGGCGGCGGGAGCGGCGAGGGCGGGAGGCGCCGCGCGGAGGCCACGGUCCAGGGCUGCGCCGGGGGACAGCGGGGCAGGAGAUGUGCCUGUCCUUAGCGGCCCAGGAAGCAGCAUGCACCCCGAUGCCACCGACAGCAGCGGGGCCGGCCUCAGCCCAGCGCCGGCCGUGGGCGCUCCAGGCGAGCGGCGGCCGGAGCCCCGGGAGGACGCGGUGGCUCCGAGGGGCCCUGGCGGCGGGAGCUGGCGGGUGCCAGUGGCCGUGGCCGCCCUCGCCGCCGCGUUCCUCUUCUACCUGGGGCCCGGCUGCUGGCAGGGGGCAGGAGGGACGGGGCCGUGCGCCGCCCUGCUCAGCCUCGUCCUGUACCUGGGCUGCGCCUCGGCCGCCUUCCUGUUCGGGACCCUGUUCUCCCUGGUCUGCCGGAGCCGGCGAGCCCCGCCGCCCGACUUCGCCGCCGCCUGGAGACGGCUGGCCGAGGCCGCCUGCCGCCGGCCGGGGAGCCCUGUGUGUGGAAACUCACAUGAGACAGCUCAGUCGAGAAGGGUGGUAAUUUCUCAUCAUAUGGAUAAAGCUCUGAAAGAAGUGUUCGACUACAGCUAUAGAGAUUACAUUCUGUCCUGGUACGGGAGCCUCAGCAAAGACGAGGGACAGCUGUACCACCUGCUCUUGGAAGACUUCUGGGAGAUCGCCAAGCAGCUGCACCACAGACUGAGCCACGUGGACGUGGUGAAAGUCGUCUGCAAUGACGUCGUGAGGACCUUACUCACUCACUUCUGUGACCUGAAGGCUGCGAAUGCCAGACAGGAAGACCAGCCAAGGCCGUUUGUGUUGCAUGCGUGCUUGAGGAACUCGGCUGAAGAAAUAAGAUUCCUGCAGACGUGUUCUCGGGUUCUGGUGUUUUGUCUCCUCCCCUCCAAGGACGUCCAGUCUCUCAGCUUGCGUAUAAUGCUCGCAGAGAUUCUCACAAUGAAAGUGUUGAAGCCCGCGGUGGCCUUGCUCAGCAACCCAGACUACAUCAACCAGAUGCUCCUGGCCCAGCUGGAGCGCAGGGAGCAGAUGAAUGAGCAUCACAAGCGGGCCUACACCUACGCUCCUUCCUACGAAGAGUUCAUCAAGCUCAUUAACAGCAACUCGGACGUGGAGUUCCUGAAGCAGCUCAGGUAUCAAAUUGUAGUGGAAAUAAUCCAGGCAACCACAAUUAGCAGCUUUCCCCAGCUGAAGAGGCACAAGGGUAAAGAAACGGCUGCGAUGAAGGCCGACCUCCUGAGGGCCAGGAACAUGAAGAGGUACAUUAACCAGCUGACUGUGGCCAAGAAGCAGUGCGAGAAGAGAAUCCGCGCCCUGGGCGGCCCUGCCUAUGACCAGCAGGAGGACGGGGCCCUGGACGAGGGGGAAGGGCCUCCAAGCCAGAAGAUUCUUCAGUUUGAAGAGAUCUUGGCCAGUACUUUCUACCGAGAGCACUUCGGGACGUACAUGGAAAGGAUGGACAAGAAAGCUCUGAUCAGUUUCUGGGAGUCUGUGGAAUGCUUAAAGAACGCUAACAAGAAUGAAAUCCCACAGUUAGUUGGUGAAAUUUACCAGAAUUUCUUCGUGGAGAGCAAAGAAAUAUCCGUGGAAAAAUCCCUGUACAAAGAGAUCCAGCAAUGCCUUGUGGGAAACAAGGGCAUUGACGUGUUCUGUAGAAUCCAGGGAGACGUUUACGAGGUCCUGAAGGACAGGUACUACCCUUCGUUUAUCGUCAGUGACCUGUAUGAGAAGUUGAUGCUGAAAGAGGAAGAGAAGCGCGCCUCGCAGCUGAUUUCUAACAAGGAUGACGUGGGCCUGGGAGGCGAGGCUGGCGAGGACGCCGUGGACGAAGGCACCAGCCAGAUUAAUGAACAAGCCAGUUUUGCUGUAAACAGACUCCGAGAACUAAAUGAGAAGCUUGAAUAUAAAAGGCAAGCUCUAAAUUCUAUUCAAAAUGCACCAAAACCUGACAAGAAGAUCGUCUCCAAGCUGAAGGAGGAGAUCAUGCUGACCGAGAAGGAGCGCGCCGACCUCCAGCUGCACAUGGCCCGGACGGACUGGUGGUGCGAGAACCUGGGCCUGUGGAGGGCCGCCAUCACUGGGGGCCAGGUCACCGAAGAGAACGGUGAGCAGAUGCCCUGCUACUUUGUCAUGGUGAGCUUGCAAGACGUGGAAGGAGUGGAAACUAAGAACUGGACAGUCCCCCGAAGGCUCAGUGAGUUUCAGAAUCUGCACCGGAAACUUAGUGAGUGCUUCCCUUCUCUAAAAAAAGUCCAGCUGCCUUCUCUCAGCAAACUGCCUUUCAAAUCUGUAGAUCAGAAGUUUAUGGAAAAGUCCAAGAAUCAGCUGAAUAAGUUUUUACAGAAUCUGCUUUCGGAUGAAAGACUGUCUCAGAGCGAAGCACUUUAUGCCUUUUUGAGCCCUUCUCCUGACUACCUCAAGGUCAUUGACGUGCAGGGGAAAAAACCCACCUUCUCAUUAUCCUCAUUUUUGGAAAGACUUCCGCGAGACUUCUUCCCCCACCAGGAGGAGGAGGCAGAGGAGGACAGCGACCUGUCGGAUUACGGCGACGACGUGGACGGGAAGAAAGACUCCUUGGCCGAACCCUGUUUCAUGUUGAUUGGGGAGAUUUUUGAACUCCGAGGAAUGUUUAAAUGGGUGAGAAGAACGCUGAUUGCUCUCGUGCAGGCCACUUUUGGAAGGACCAUCAACAAACAAAUUCGGGACACAGUGAGCUGGAUUUUCAGCGAGCAGAUGCUGGUUUACUACAUCACCGUUUUCCGGGAUGCCUUCUGGCCGCAUGGGAAACUGGCGCCCCCCACCAAAGUCAGAAGCAAAGAGCAAAGUCAGGAGACGAAGCAGAGAGCGCAGCAGAAGCUGCUGGAAAACAUUCCAGAUAUGCUGCAGAGCCUUGUCGGACAGCAGAAUGCCCGCCAUGGGAUAAUCAAAAUAUUCAAUGCGCUGCAGGAGACAAGAGCCAAUAAACACCUGUUGUAUGUGCUGAUGGAACUGCUGCUGACCGAACUGUGUCCGGAGCUGAGGGCGCAUGGGGACCCGCCGAGGGUGGGCCAGGCGUGAGUCCGCACAGAUAAAUAAACCACCGAGAAACGUCUGUGAUAGUAGACACGCCGCAUUUCCUCUUUUCCGCGGAGGGCUUGACUGAGAACAAUGUGGAUUUUAUUUUAGUGACGUCCCCCUGGUUUUACGGGAAGUGAGCAGAGGGGUCGAUGCUGUCGCAGGCAACAGGAAACACCACUUCUGUUAACUGUUGGUUUUUAUUUUCAUAAGAAUAUAAAUACUUUGAAGUUCAACGUGCUGAUGGACAUAUAAAUGUUAAUAUGUGGUAAGAACCUAGGAAAUAUUAUAAAUAUUUAUGAAAACUUUUGAAACGAAGAACUGUAAAUACUGUACAGAUAAUGUCCUCGCUGAGGAUUUUGAACAUUCCUAUACUCGUGUGUAUUGAAGAACAUUGUUGUGCAAUGCUUUAUGUAAAGUUAUUGUGAAAAAUUUGUCUUUAUUUUUACCAAAGAUUUCCCAUAGUUUGAAGCAUUUGAAGCAAUAAAAUAUAAAAACGAA